UGUUCAUCCGUAUUAGUCACAUUCUAUCUCUCCGUGACAAAUCUCGGGCACAUUGCCAUUGCCCCCAAAUUCGCCCCGUCAGAAAGCCCUUCUGUGUUCAUGUAAGAAGAUGCGCCUAAAACAGACUUAUCCCUGUGUCUUGUUAGUGAAUCUGCACUCCUUAAAGUUACAUACAACAGUUUUCCAUAAUGGAGAGGAAUCAUUUAUUUAGAUGUAGGAUUUUUACUGAGGGGAUUCUAUUGGUGUAUUUAACUCUUCUGUGUUUCAAUGAGCUUCUACGGAACCUCCAUAUAGCUGCCGCUCCAACACAAAGACACACAAAAUUAUUUCUGUUAAAUGAUUCAAUGGAGGUGGAAAUUCAGACUCCAUGGGACGAUAGGGAGAGGGAGUUCGAAUCACCGGAGGUCACAUUGGGGAGGAACCAAUUAGAGGAGAUAAAAAAUGAACUUCCGGUAACGUCGAAAGAGGUCAAAGAAAGCCACUCAAACGCAAUUCAGGAGAGGUCAGCUCCAGAUAAAUGUAAGUUUUUGAAGAAGAUCGGAGAUAUGUCUCUUAAAGGUGCACCGACAUUUAGUCUGGCAAUUUUGCCGAAAAAUGUGGUCAUCAUUAUACAAAGUUACCCCAAAAAUGAAUCCUUACGGUAUCUUUGUGCAAAUGGAACACUUUCUGCUGAUCCCGCUAACUUCUCUUCCGCCGAGAGUUCGUGUUCCCUUCGGAACAUCACGAAAGUGAAUCUUGAUUAUUUUAGCAAUAUCAGCAUCAGCGAUCCCUGCUGGAUACAGAGCGAGACUAUAGACAGAGAAGCGUUGCUAUUCUACAAUUAUGAGAUGAGUACAGAAGAGGGUUCAUGUUAUAAAAUAAACCGCGAGGAAAAGACAACAACAGCUGCUACAGAUUUGUUUCUACGCAAGACGAUUCGUUUCACAAGUUUCCAAAACUUUUCUGUACAAAUCAAGCCUUGCUGUGAUGUGUCGUCUACUGCAGAUUCUACAACAGUUGACCCCGGCACCACACCCAAAGGUAAACAACACCACCCUACAGUCAUAACCACCACCAAAUCAACAGACAAUUCAAAAGCAGGUAACGCCAUUAAGAUACUGCUAAUAUUCAUAGGCGCCAUAUUUGCUGUUUUAUGUCUCUUUUUCCUGUGCUGUAAAUUUUGCUGCACCCCAAAACGGCGUCCUUCGUAUAAGGUGGAAUACGCAGAUCCAAGUGACGUCAUUGCAUCCAGCAGUGGAGCAGAAUAUUCUACGCCGUAUGACACGUGUAAAGCGAGAAAUAAGGUAGUCAAGGUGACUGCUAAAGCCAAGGGAGCGGGUAAAAACAAAGUUUCACUUAGAAAGAAAUUAAGUCAGAGAUUCAGUUCUUCUAGACCAAGAGGGAGAAGGCGCGACAAUGAUUCGGGAUUUAGUGAUCUUCUAGAGAGUGACGUAAGCAAAGUGUCAGGAAAGGAGGAUCAAAUGGAAAGUAAAGAGGCCCAGUAUAUGGAGAUUCCUUUGACAAAUUUGAAUGUAACGAAAUCAUUGAGCAACCCCUCGUACACAUUAGUCGACGGAAAACCCAAUGGCAGGGGAGAUAAUGACAAAAAGGAGUCUGGUGUUCGAUUUACUUUACCGAUGAGUGGGCUCAAGGAAAAACAAAAAUUAUGUUCAACCUCACAGAGACAAGAAAAUGCAGACGCCCCCUAUGAAUCAUUACCAGACAAAUAUAAAAGCAACGAAGCUUGUAAAAUGAGUACUGAGGAGACAAAUUUAACGGAAAAUCCAUACGCUGUUCCAGAUUGCGACAAAAAAAGCCCUACUCCAUCCAAACCACCGGAAACGGAUAAAUCACGAGACAGUCCUUACUCGGAAAUAAAACACGUGUUUUCCAUCGAGGGAGACACUAAAGUGAAAAGGUUUAUAAAGGCUAUGGGGGAGGGGGAGAACCCCUACAUGUGAUGAUACAAUGCACUUUACGAGUUUACUAAGCAAGAUCUUAUGGAAGGGAAUAACAGGCGGUGACAGGGUAUUAAGAUCAUAGUGUCAGAGCUGGUUUAGAGACAAACCAUAAAGGUUGUUCGCAACACGGUUAUCGUUUACAUGUUUACGAAGUAUUUUACAGCAUUUUUAAAAUGUCAGAGCGCCACCAUGUAAGAUACAGAAAGUUGAAAAAGGAAGGUUUUAGGGAUUUUAUGUACAUGCACAAUUGUAUUUUUCAUUUGUUAUUUAUUUUACAAACUAGUCUUCAUUUUCCUUAUGUUUGAGGCAUUAACUUGUUAUUUAUAAAGUAUAUAAUUCGGUU